AUGUGUUGUUCAACUUUCUCCAUAGCAACUUCAGGAAGGAGGAUCACUGGAUCAGAGAGGGAGAAGGCGAAAAGUUCGUCUUCUUCUACUCCCCUCGCUACUGGAGAGGAAAUUAGACUUCUGAAUGAGAAGAUAGGUGUGUUGACCUCAGAACUUAAGAAAACAAAAGCAGAUAAUGUCAAACUUUAUGGAAAAAUCCGUUAUGUUCAAGAUCAUAAUUCUGAGAGAGUGAUUUCAAGAGGAUUAAAGAAGUAUGCAGAAGACCUAGGAAGUGGUUUCAGCUCAGAUGAGGAGUCCAAUUACAAGAAGAUGUAUGAAGAGGAUAUAAAUCCAUUUGCAGCUUUCUCGAAGAAGGAAAGGCACCAAAGAUACAAGGAACUAGGUUUGAGAGACAAGAUUACUCUCAGGAGUGGAUGUUUUCUUCUUGGUAACAAGUAAGCCUUCUCUCUUCAGUUUCCCCUUUAGUUAGCUGGACACUUUAUCUUUCCAGAUCGGGAUGUGCUUGCUCCUCUGCCGUGGUAACUUAAGACUAAUCACAUGGAUGAAAUGAUUUGCAUUUACAUCCUAAAUUUUUCACCAAAACCAUCUAGUAGUUCUAUAUAUGAGCAUCUUUAUAUAGGGAAAACAAAUAAUAUUUGUGUUAGUUA